CAUCCAACGAAAAGAUGAAACCAUUUUCAGUAUCAUUUAACUUGUGGUUUCAGAGUUUAAUUGGGAAGGCUUCAUCGGUGGAUGCUGUUCAUCUCAUUUCUUCUUCACAGUGAAUAUGGAAUUUACAUCGAAAAUUAGGCAUUGUUAGAGUUGCAUCGGACGUCGAAGCCCUAGAACUGAAACUAUUGAUUUGAGGAGAGGAAGGACAUAUGGGUUCUUUAGCAACUGCGGAGGUUUGUGACACGAAUGCAUCACUGGUGGCAGUUGGUGACAUCCGAGUGCUUCCACCUAUUUUCAAGACGUAUGGACAGUCGCGUGCAUUCUCUGGACCGAUUGUGACUCUCAAAGUGUUUGAAGACAAUGUAUUGGUGAGGGAGCUUCUUGAGACAAAGGGGGAAGGCAGAAUUCUGGUGAUAGACGGGGGAGGGAGCAUGAGGUGUGCGUUGGUAGGAGGAAAUCUGGGGCAGUUGGCUCAGAAUAUGGGUUGGAAAGGGAUUGUUGUAAAUGGGUGCAUACGAGAUGUGGAUGAGAUCAAUGGGUGUGAUGUCGGGGUCAGGGCAUUGGCAUCACAUCCCCAGAAGUCAUACAAAAGGGGCAUCGGCGAGAAGCAUGUACCGAUUAAUAUUGCAGGGACGCUCAUUCACGAUGGGGAGUGGCUCUAUGCAGAUUCUGAUGGAAUCCUCAUUUCCAAAGGAGAACUUUCUCUCUAGUUAUUUUCUGCACCAAUAAUAGUAAUAAUAAUCACAAAAGCACACAGUUACUAUCAUUAUGCAUUGUUUUUGCCUGUUGGUGUUGUAUGUUAUCAUAGUAGUUUAUUAAGACUCUGUUCCAUUGCAAA